CGAGCAGACAGGUGCGGGCGGCUCGGGUUGCGCAGGAGACACCGGCAUGGCCAGUCCUGGCGCAAAGGCGUCGUGGCUCUCGCAGCCGAGCGUGAAGAGCGUGCUGGUGUAUCGCAACGGGGACCCUUUCUUCCCGGGGCGCCGCAUUGUCAUCCACGAGAAGAAAGUGUCCAACUUUGAUGUGUUCCUGAAAGAGGUGACGGGUGGGGUGCAGGCACCCUUUGGAGCUGUGCGAAACAUCUAUACCCCCCGGGGUGGGCAUCGUGUCCGGCAGCUGGACGAGCUCCAGAGUGGGGAGCAGUACGUGGCUGGUGGCAGGGAGGCCUUCAAGAAGCUCAACUAUUUGGACAUUGGAGAAACAAAGAAAAAACCUCCUGAAGUCAAUAAUGAGGUCAAGCCAGUUACUCACAGUAGGAUCACCGUGUCAGCACGGUUUCGAAAGCCUCUCCAGGAGCCCUACACUAUUUUCCUGAUUGCUAAUGGCGACCUUAUUAGCCCUGCAGUGCGCCUCCUCAUUCCCAGGAAAACACUGAAUCACUGGGACCAUAUUCUUGAAAUGGUGACAGGAAAAGUUACCCUCAGAAGUGGAGCUGUUCACAGACUCUACACUGUAGAUGGAAAACUUGUUCAGAAUGGGUCAGACUUGGAGAAUGGGCAAAUUUAUAUUGCAGUGGGUAGAGAAAAGUUUAAGAAAUUGCCAUAUGGUGAUCUGCUGUCCAAAUCUACGACAAGAAGGCCACAGGGUUCCAAAACCUCUGUACUACCUCCAAUUGUGGGAUCUCGAAAGUCUAAAGGCAGCGGAAAUGAUUGGCAAUCUAAAUCUACCAGUGACCGGGGAGAAAACAGUUCCUCACCUCAGCUUCCCAAAAGGAAAGACAAAAAAAGCCAGAAUCCAGAGAAUUCUGUGUCCAGGCGACACUUUUCUAACCCCUCUACAAAAUUAAAACAGACAGUAAAAGCUUCCACAGGAGUCCUUCAGGAUAAUGGUGAAGAUAUUUACAAAGCCAGAGAAGAAGGGUCUGAAAUGUGGGGGGCAGUUGAAGUGCAAGAAGAUGAAGAUACUCUUGUGGAAGUUCCACUGGACCAGAGACCAGCAGAAACUGUAGAUGAAGAAGAAAAUGUAGAGGAGGAAGAUGACAGGGGAGAGGAGGCAUAUAAAGGAGAAUAUCCAGAAAUGAAUGGAGAGGAAAAUGGGGAAACUGUUAAAGAAAGAAUUGAAGUGGAAAAAAUUGAAAAUAAAUUAAAUGAAAAUUAUGAAGAUGAAGCAGGAGAAACAGAGAAUGUUGACCAAGCAGAGGAAAAGGAACUUAUCCAUUUAAAUGGCAAAAACAAUGAAGGAAAUGGUGCAGGAAUGGAGCAUUUGAACUACCAAGGUGAUCUUCAGCCUGAAGAAGAAAUAAAAGAGGAUUCUGGCAGUCAGAACCAGGUUGAUCCUGAUCUUGAGAAAGCAUCCACAAGUCCAAGGGUGACAAUCACCAGCCCCCAAGAAAGUGAAAAGAAUGACCAGAGCAAUGACUGUGCCGCAGUUGCAUAAAGAAGAAAAAUGUCAUGAGCAGAAAAUGAAAAAAGGAUAACACUUUAAAUAUGAAGCAUGUUAUUUUUUGUGGUUGGUAAGGAAGGAGGGUUGAGCAAUGAGUGGAGAGAUGAUGAUGCUCUAUGGACUGAUGAAAAACAAGCAUUUAUAUCUACUAGAAGAACAUAGAAUUAUUUUUACAGGGUGAGAUUUUCUGAUAGGAUUUGAGGGGGGGGGGAAAUGCAAGAGUACUUUAUAGUAGUAUUAGAAAUAAAUGAACUAUUCUGUGGUAUAAGAUAGUUAGCAGCAAUAGAACAACCACAAAAAUUACACUGUUCCAGGUAAAGGAAAAGAGACCCACCCAGAUUCAAUGUCAAAACUUAUUUGUCGAUUUGUUCAUAAAAAGAAACUGUUUUUCACCUUUUAACUAGGACAUGUGUGGUUUUUCCUCUGAAAUUCCACAUGAUAGGUAUAAUUUCCAGGUAAAACAUUAGGAUAUAACUAGAAUAUGUUCCUCACCUAAUGGAUUUAUGCUCACCAAAAAUGGUUUACUAUAAUGAGGGACCAGUUCAAUGUUACCAAAUAGUCUAUUUUCAGUAUAUUAAUUAGAAUUACUAGGUUUUGCAUACAUAAGUAGCAUUUAUUUAGCACUAUGAAUACAUGUGGACUGGUUGCAAUACUGCAGCUUGUUUCCAUUUAAAACAGAAUUUUUUUUAUUGUCCUGAACUGUUUCACUAAGAGUGAAUUAUUGUCCUCAUGAAAAAAAACAAAGGAAGAGUACAUUGUAUAUUAAUUUAAAAAUUUGAUUUUGGAUGGAUUUGUAAUUCAGUAUAGAGAAGCUUAAUUUAUUAAUGAAAUUAAAAAAACCCACAUGCCUGGAUUCGGACUGAAAUUUCCAUUAAACCAUUGCUGUUGAUGGAGCCAUUUUAAUAUGUGAGACAUCAGGAUGAGCCCACCCAGCUUUCUGUAAAAGUCAGAAACAAUUAUUGCAUUUAUGAACCCUCUGCAUAGCCUUAAUGGUUGGAAGUGUGUCAUCAUCCUUUUGAGCAAGCUGUCUCCUGAUAGGCUGUGGCUUAAUAUGCAUUAGUAAAUAAGGCAUUGAUCCACAGUAUUAAUUCUCUUAAUGACACUGAUUCCACUGCUCUUAUCAUUUCUCUGUUAGUAAUGGGAAUAAUUUGUAGUUCGUAGAAAUACAGCCCUGAGCAUAAUUUUAUUAAUUAUACAAAAGAAAUAGUGGGUUUCCUUAUCAUUAAUGGUAGUAAAUUAUUACUACAAGAAACUAAAUGUCAUUUUUGCUGAUUUCAUGCCAUUAAGAAAAGAAUUACAUUUAUGAACAAAUUGAAGUUGAAGCACUGUUUAAGGAAUGUGAAGAGCCACUUGUCAUAACUGAAAUUCAAGCAAACAUCUUCCCUUCUUCUACUAGUUAUUAAGUAUAUUUUUCCAACGUAAUUGAAAUUUGUGGAGAUCCUUCAGCAUAUUUCUGUGCUUUGGCAAUGUUGGUAUAAAAGACAUGUUAAAAAAAUGUAUGAACAGGGUUAGAACAGUUUGCCCUGUCACAUCUCUGAAUUGUCUGUGAAACUUUCUUGAAACCUUCUGUCUGUGAAACCUGUAGCUUCUGUUGAGCUGUCUGACAAAGAUCGAAGGGAAUAUUGCAUUUGUGAUCAGUUCAAAAUAAGCUCCUCAUUUAGCCAAGCUCUCAAGCUCUUAAGCAAAGUAUGCAUGCUUCUCUUUAUCUUUUUUUUUCUUUUUUUUUUUUUUUUUUUUUUGUGAUAGCAAUUAAGCCUAUGGUCAAAUAUAUUUGAUUUCUCUGGGAUUUAAAAAGACAUUUAUGGUUAAGCAGUUGUAAAAACCAACCAACUCUUCCCCCCCCAAACAUCUACAACAAUAGCCUGAAACAGAAUGGACAAAAUAACUGAGGGUGAUAGUGAAGUAAAAUGACACAGGUGCCUUUAUUGUUGGUUUCUAUUUAUAGCUUCUGAGUGCCAGUAGUUUCUGUCAUUUCUUUCUUUUCCCCAAAAGUUUGGUAUUUUCCGUGCUUAAAAGACUUACAGAUAUCAAUAAGAAUAAUUUAAAGGAUUAAACGAAAUUCUAGGGAAAUGUAAUGUUAUCAUUUUUCUUCAUAGGAGCAUGAAAUUCCUGUGAGUGUCACUCAACUUCGAAAAUGUUUCCCCCUCUGUUCUCUUGUAAGAAAGACAGGAUGUAUUUCUUCAAAAAAACAAAUCACACUGUGUGGAAAUAGAGAUAUGACCAUUUUAUCAUUCACCUUGCAACACUGACAACAUGAAUUUUGUAUCAGGUUCUUUUAUUUAGGGAAACUAGUUUAUGCCUAACAAGUAAUUCUAGUAGAAAUUAAACUAGAGUGAUACAGGUGGUCUUGCUAAUAGUUUCUCUGUCAUGAUCUGCUGUGUGUGAUGGCUUAACUCAGUUUUACCAGUUUAUGUAAUGUUAUUUUAUUAUGCUUAUGUACAACAAUUCUGAGUGUUUUUUACAGAACUGUUGUCUUAUUUUGCUUUUAUUUUUAAAAAUAAUUUGCUAAUAAAGAGAACUAGUACAGAUA